AGAAUCCUACGCCUUUAAAAUGAGACGCGCUGAAAAUACACUUGAAAGCGUUGUCUGUGUCAGACAGGUGCAGUCCGUGAAUGAAUGUCAGUCUCGGCCAUUCAAAAUCACAAUUCUUUUCACUGAAUGUGAAUUAUAAACACUGUGUCGUCGGAGUUGAUCAGCAGAAGCCGGUAUUUGUCUGCUUUCAUUUUUGAGUCGCAUCUUUCUGUGCCUGACCUUGAAGUGCUGUUUGACGUGGAGAAAUCUGUUGACCAUCAUGAUGCUCCUGACUCCCACAUCUGGGUUUGGGAUGGUGGGCACAAGAUUGAAACUAUGUGAAGCUGUAGAUAAACAAACAAGUGUGGAUUUAGAGGCUCGUUUUGACUGUUUAUCCAUCACCAAAUAAACUUUUAAGAAAUUGAUUAAAUACAUUUACAUGCAAACUUAUGACAAAGUAGUUUUUAUAUAUAACAGGAUAGUUGUUUUUUAACAAUUGGCUCAUAUAUCUGUUAACUGGAAUAUAUGGGCCCUAGCUUUUAUGACUAUGGUGGUGUUUGUCCCAUAGUUGCUUAGACUAGUUGCCAAAUAAGUUCUGGGUUUUAACUGUUACCAGGUUACACUGAGGUUCAGUUACACAACUUGAGUUAUGCCUUUCUAUAUGUACAGUAUUAUACAGUGUUCUAGAAACAGAUAAAUGUUAAUCCUGUCAACCCGGCUUCUGUCACAUGGAGCAGAGGAACUAGACAUGCAAAAAGACCUGUGGUAAUGAUUAUUAUGGGUCUUCAGGCGAAAUAUGGUUGCAAUGUUCUUUGAUGUUCCUGUUAGUUGAUAACACUCCCACAACAAAGGAAAUACUGCCCUUUCAUCAUCUCAUCCUUCAUUGUACUUUGAACUAAAUUCUAGUUAUUUCUCUAGUAGUGCUGGGUAAUAAUACCAAAAAAAAAAGAUCACAAUAAAAUGUUUUAUAUCAGUCAGUUACCACAAUAAAUUUCAAAUAGUUAUUUCUUUCAAGUUUAAAGGCAAAUUUCUUCUCCAUAUGUGAAAGUUGUAGAAAACAGACUGUUAAUUUUAGAUUGAAAUUACUCCUAAGAACAUGACAAACAUUUCACAUUUUUGACUUCUGUACACUUUUCCAGUAAGUUUUUCUUAGAAAAAUACACAUUUAAAUAAGGAAAUUAAUUUCUUAGCUUCUGCAUGUUAUAAUACUGUAUUUCCUGCCUUUGAUGAAUGUUGUUAAGCACAGUUUGCAGUGCAGGCUGCAAUAUUAUUAUUAUUAUUAUUAUAAUUAUUAUUAUUAUUUGUUUCUUAGAAAUGCACAUUCAACAGUACCUUGAGUUGAUAGUAGAAGUAGCUUGAGGAUGCAGAUGUAUUAUUCUGACUAGGGGUGUGCCCGAAUCCAAAUACCAUAUUCGGAAAGGCACAGAUAAUGAUUUAAAUAAGAAUAAUGGAUAACAAAUAAUUCUGCCGAAUAAUAUUCGGCUGAGGCUGGAACAGUCACUCCUUGUGUUUGCUGGAUAACAGGUGAUCCAGGGGAUCAGUGCAAUAUUUUGCAUAAACCUCUAAAGUCCCUAUGCAAUAAGGAGUCUGUGAAGUGAAAGAAUUGAAACUUUAUGAAUGAAAUGAUCACAAAUCAAGCAACUGCACUUCUGUUGCCUCUCCGUGCUUCUCUCAGAAAUCAUAGCUUGGCAAAAACGAAAACAAAAUAUCCAUAGAUAUGUAUAGGUAGACUCCUCAUUCGACCGCUCCAAGCAUGUUCACCGUUUUGGAACAGUCUAUACGUUGUCACUCACAAUAUAAAUCAAUUUCAAGAUGUAACAACAUUGAGUUUCAAGAUGCAACAACAUUGCACAACAUCUGGUUGUAAAAACAGCCUAAAUUUGAAUUCCAGAAGAAACUGGAAACUUUACAGGUAAAAACGUGUUGGUUUGUAUUUUUAAUAUCUAUUAACUGAACAUUACAGGUUUUUAAACUAAAGUACCUUUUAAAUGCUUUGUCUUGUUGUAUUGUGUUAGUUUAGCAAAACAAUCUUCUAAAGUUUACUGAAGAUAUUUAUUAUUCAGCCAUGCGUAUAACUACAGUUUACCGUUUCAUCUCGACUUUUCAUGGACCAUCUUUGAUAUUCCAAUAUGGCAGACAGCUUAUGUAUAGCGGCCAAUAGAAACAGUCACUAAUAAAGAAUCUACCUAUAAAUAUCUAUGCCAAUACCAACUAAAAUACUACAUCAUUAAUCAUCCUAUUAUUUGUGUAUAUUUAAAGUUGAAUGAUUUAAAGCUGCAGUCCGCAACUUUUUUUUUUUGUUAAAAAUGAUCGGAAAUCAAUAUUUGAACAAGUACUUAACCAGCCAGUAUUCAAACACCCUACUUUAGCCCAAUUCAUUACGUUAAGCUUAUAAUAAUGUUUUCUAAUUUGAGUGAUACGGGUAGAUUUUUGGCGGGAAAUUCUAGCAUGCUGCUGCGUCAAUAAGAAGUAGCGGAUCGUUUAUAGCCUUUUUUCACAGCAGCUGGAAUAAUGAAUUUGAUCAUUUUGAUGGUGGAUUGUAAUCCAGAAAGUACUAUGUGUUUAUGAAAUGCAUGUGAAUAAAAUUAAAUUAUAUUCCAGUUUCAAAUGUGCUUCUGAUUACAGAUAGUCUGGAAUUACACAAGAUCAGUAUUUUAAAGACAACCAGUUCAAAGGGAGAAUCAUUUUCUUUUUGGGUAAAAUAAUUUCUUAAUAUGAAAUUUGAAUGGUAUGAGAAAUCUACACACUGAUACACACUAUACAGAUAUUCACACAAUGCUGAUGUUGUUAACAUUAAGAAUUUGAGAAUAAAGUUUAACAAUUAUUAUAAUUUGCAUGGUUUGAUGUGAUAUGAACUAAUCGAUUGCUAGAUUAAAUAACCAUUGGUAGCGCAAUUUAUUGUAAUGCUUUUUUUCUCAGUUGUUGCUUGUUCAGAUGACAAUAUCUGGUGAAAAUUCUCAUUUGGGUCAUAUAUUCUAAGAUGUAGGCUAGAAUCUGUUUUUGCGAAGUACAGUAACUAUCCACACCGGUGCGGUGACUGAUUGUCCGCCACACAUACUCUUAAAAAAUUUGAUUAAUCUGCGCUGGAGCACAACCCACGCAAGGGAGAUAAUUCCACACACAGCUGCAAUCCCAAGUUUUCAAACAGGUGGUGACAAAGAGGCAAAAUUUACGGACUGCAGCUUUAAACCUUGUAUAUAUGAUACACAAAUGAAUGGAAUAAGCACAGCAUGAUCACCAAUCAAACAGCCAUCCUCUUGGCAAUCAAACUUGCCAUCUCUCAAAAACCAAACCAGCUCUCUUUUGUAUUUUAGAACAUUAAAUAGGGCAAAAUGUUGAAACACAAAUAUUUUUCCAUACUCUGAACUCUUUUUCCCAUUUAAAUGAAAUUCCUUACUUUUCCAAACUACGCAGGAAUCGGUGAGCCAAGGGAAGUUUGUUAUUUUACAUAAAAUUCUAAUAUUACAAUGCACUAAUGAGUGUCUGAAGUAAAUAAGUGUUAACUCUAUGAAUUAAAUAAGCACAAAUAAAAUACCAGUGUUGCAGUUGCCUUUUUCCAUGCAUUUCAUGGAAAUUACUAAAAUCUGAAAAUGUGGGCUCAGAGGAAGUGAGUGUUUAGGAUGCCAUUUUGGACAGGGCCACAGAUAUAAAUAAUUUUGUGAUUGUUAAAGAUACAGAUACAAAUACUGGCUCCACUGCACACCCCUAAUUCUCACCGUUUGAGUUUCAUUCAAAUUAACCACUGGGCUUUCAUAGUAGCAUACAUUUAGAUCAAAAUUUCUGAAAAACACAGUGUUUUUGCUGUUUGUCAGCAUUGUUUCAUCUCACUAUAAGCUAGUUUAAAUCACUCAUUUAUAUUCUUGGCUGAAGUCAAGCGCUUCACACUGGAUCUCACAGUGCUGUUUAGUGUCGCCUGACUGAGCAUCAGUAGGGAUGCACCGAAAUGAAAAUUCUUGGCCGAAGCCGAAAAAAAAUUAAACAUUGGGUUGAAGACUGAAUACAGAAUACCGAUCACGGUUUUUCACAUUUUCACCCUAUGUAGGCCUAUUUUGCCUUUUUUUAUUAUUGCAUUAGUUAAAUUGGCAAAAUGUGCUUUUUACUGUUUUGCCCUGCUUUUUCUAAUAAAAAAUCAAUUACAAAACAACCAUUUAAAAAACACUAAAUAGUUUUUUUUACAUUCUAGCAGACAUUAUACCAACAAAGCACAAUUUAACUUAAAAUGUAUAAGUUUAAGUUAAUAAGUUUUGAGACUGGCAUGUAGUUUUUUUUACUGUACAAAUAAAGGGAGCUUGCUGAGCAGAAGAGGAUUCUUUUAAAACAUUAGAAUACAUUACAGAUCCCAAUUUGAACACUACAGUAUGUGGGAAUGUUAGGAUAAAUGUAUUUAUAAAGCUGUUGUAGGGUAAUUAUUAUCAUAGUUAUUUAUGAAUGCCGAUGGAUUUGUUGCCUUUUCUCUGCUUUUAUUUUGGCAGAAACCCACAGGAAGAUCUCAGUACAGAUUUAUAAAUUAUUUAUAACAGCAUGCAGAUUUAUAAAUUAUUCUCAAUACGAAUUUGGGAAGAUGUUUGUCGCAUGUAUCACAUUGUCACAAGCGCCUUUAAAAAAAUCAUAAAAAAAGUUACAGAAUAACUUGCGAGUAAUAAGUUCAGCACAGACUUUCCUCGGGCUUUGGACUUUAAACCCUAGCACCGCAAGCUUGUGCAACGCUGUCAGAAUACAUGCAUUUUGUGUUUGCAUUAGAAAACAUUACAUUCUGCUGUUUAUUUACUAAUCAUUUGAGGUAAUUUCGUGAUUUCAAUUAUCAUACAGUAACCUAACAACACGCAUUAGCCACCUCUUCUUCUCAUCGGAGAUGUGAUGCAGCACAAAACAGUCUUUCGCUGUCGAUGCUUCUCGCUUGUAAGGAUACUUUGCGUCUUUCUCUGAUGGUCUUAAAUACGUUCACUCUGCCGACAUGUUUGCUGCAUUAGUGCUUGCCUCUAUUUGAUCACGUUAGUCAUUGUUAGAUACAUAUUAUUCAGCCUUUUCACUUAUAUUAUUUCGGUAGCCGAAUAUUCGGUGCAUCCCUACUUAUCAGCAAGUAAACACAACUCUAGUGGGCUCAUGCUGUUCUGCCAUUUGAACUUUGAGCCAAGUCUAUAAAUGCUCUGUGUGUGCCGCGCUUCAAAUUAGUCAUGCUUUUUGUUCAGCUUUUUGUGCAUAAACAUUAAAUCAAACAUUUAUCAAACUCUUGAUCAUUUUAUCGAGGAAAAUUAUAUCAUAAUAAUUAACGUUAAUGAUCAAUGGCCCAGCUCUGUUCUCUAGGAAAAAUUUUGUUUGAGGUUUACUACGAUCUAUCUAUUGUUUUCUAAAGCCAAGUUCACACUACACAACUUUAAAUGUCGGCAGAUCACUGUGUUGUUCAGACAACAUGACUUGCUGUCUUUCUUGAAGUCAUUGUAGUGUUAAAUGAUCCGCAACAGGGGUCACACACUACAAGAGCUGAAAACAACUCUGUUAACAAAUGACUCUAUGCGGUCUCCAAACCACGUUUUGUCAUGUAAACACAUAUGAGAAGUUGAACUGGAAUGAUGCGAAACAAGAAGACUUGGAAAUUGGGCUUAAAUCAUGUUUAAAAUCUUGUAGUGUGAUCUUGGCUUAAGGGUUAGUAAACAGAAAGCUCCAUAUAUUGAUAAUGAUUGAUGGUUUUUUAAACAAUUUGACAGUGGCCCAAGCAAACACAAUACAUACCUAGUAAUUCUGAUUUUUUUCUUUUAUGCCAAAAAUCAUUAGGAUAUUAAGUAAAGAUCAUGUUCCAUGAAGAUAUUAUGUAAAUUUCCUACCGGAAAUAUCAAAACUUAAAUUUUGAUUAGUAAUAUGCAUCGCUAGUAAUUAAUAUGAACAACUUUAAAGGUGAUUUUCUCAGUAUUUUGAUUUUUUUUCACCCUCAGAUUCCAGAUUUUCAAAUAGUUAUAUCUCUGCCAAAUAUUGUCCGAUCCCAAUAAACCAUACAUAAAUAGAAAGCUUAUUUAUUCAGCUUUCUUAAAAUUAUAAUAGGUCUAUUCACUACUGUUUAAAGGUUUGGGUCGGUAAGUUUCUUAUGGCCAACAAGGUAAAGUAAACAGUAAAAUUGUGAGUUAACAUCUCUUUUAAUAUAUUUUAAGAUGGUAAAACUGAAUUUGCAGUAGUCAUUGAAUCCCUGCUGGAUAAUAUUUUUUUUUUUUUUACUAAUCCCAGACAUUUCAGUGGUAGUGUGUGCUUUCACUACCAAUAUAAUCCAUAUAUGGCUGCUUGCUUCAAGCAGUUUUAUUGAUUUAAGAGUAUUAUUCUCAACAAAAAAAUCAGAUAUGCUGUAAUAAACCUUAUAGACUUUAUAAGAAACAUUUAAAAUGAGAGAUCUAAUUGCCUCAAAGUACAAAGAACAUUAAGCUCUAUGGUAAAUUCUGUAUGUUGGCAUGUGCUGUGUCUCAUUGACUGUUUUCUUUCAGAUGAAGAGUCGCUUGAAAUCAACUGGCUUUGGAAUCACAUCAAGUUCAGGUUACAAAACACAAUAGUAGGAACCCUUCCUUAAAGGUGGAGUGUGUACUUUUUUAGACUUAAGAAUACUCCCAGUUUAAUAUGCAGAGACAGUUAGAAGUAAACUAUUCACUGGUUGAGUCCCCCUAAAAGUGUAAACACUCUGGUUUUAUGGCACUAUCACAACAUUGCUCUGUUGGUUUGAGCAGUCUGGCAUAGCAACAUUGGCUCAAUGAAUGGUGUGGGUUUGGGGCAGAGCUAGCUAUUUUGCUGACCAGUGGCAAAAGGGGGAGUGUUCGAUCACCAAUGACACAAAUUACACACUUCACCUUUAAACCUUUUUGAUGUUUUUUAGUUUUUUGUAUUUUUUUGUAUUUUUUUUUGUAUUACUGAACUUAAAAGUUUUACACUUAAUGACACAUGUGCAUGUGUUCUUGCAUGCUUCUCUUACCUAGAAAAUCAGCACAUGCCAAAGAAAAAUGCAGGGAUUGUCAUGCAUAGGUAUUUGUGUUUUUUGUUAUAAUACACUAUAUGGACAAAAAAUUGGGAUCCACCUCUUAAUUAAUGAAUUCAAAUCAAGCACUUAGCCAUGCUGUCUGUAUUUAGAAACCUUUGGCUCAUUCUGAAGAGCUCAGUGAAUUCCAUGAUAUUAUGCCACUUUUGCAACCAGUCAGUUCAUGAAAUUUCAUCCAUACUAGAUGUCCCACAAUCAGCUGUAAGUGGUAUUGUUGGAAAGUGUAAGCAUUUAGGAACAGCAGAAACUCAGCCAUGAAGCAGAAUUGAAGUCACGGAACAGGCCAGGGUCAUUGAGUGAUGAGGAUGCCAGGAGAAUGUUUUUACCAAAAAUGUUUUUUAGACCUUUUCUAUUCCAGCAUGACUGUACACCAGUGCACAAAGCCCAUAAAGAGAUGAUAAAAUGAGUUUGGUGCAGAAGAAGUUGACUGGCCUGCACUGAGCACUGACCUCAGCCCCAUUAAACAACUUUAGGAUGUACUGGAAUGAAGAUUGUGAGCUAAGUCUUUUCGGCCAACAUCAGUGUCUGACCUCACAAAUGCUCUACUGGAUGAAUGGGCAAGAAUUCCCACAGAAACACUCAAAAAUCUUAUGGAAAGCCUUCCCAGAAGAGUGAAAGCCAUUAUAGCUGCAAAGGGGAGACCAACUCCAUAUCAAUGUCUAUUUAUUUGGAUGUUUGUAUUUAUGUAUUUAGGUUGGGUGUCUCAAAACUUUUGUCCAUAAAGUGUAUCUGCCAAUGGGGGAUUUGAUUCUCUACUAACAUCCCAAUAAAGAUAUUUUGAAGACCUAUUGCAUAGUGAAUCAAAUGUGACCUAUGAUUAUGUGAAUUUCUCUAGCAAAACACACAUUCAACCACUUGAGAUGUUCAUUUCGAUUUUAUGCCCACUGAUUUGCUCCAACACAAAGACUUCUUUGUGUGACUUCAUUGAAAAUCACUGCAGCGUUCCAGUGGCAAAACAGUCUUGACCACACAUAAGGAAAAGCACUUGAAUUUUAGCAAGUCUUUCUUGCUUAUUUAUCUGUUUUGAGUGUAUUAACUGUUGAAAAUAUUUUAAUUUCAUAGCACAAUGUGAAUCUCAAUGCACACAUUUUGCUAUCAUCUGUAUAGUAUAGCAUUCUCAGUAGCUCUUUUGGAACAAAUUACUGUAUCAGUGCUUGGAUACAGUAAAAACUGGAGAUUUAAAUGGUUGAUUAGGGAAUGAUUUAUGAGAAUGCUCCUUCAGGAUAUGAAUCUGCAGUUCACCGUAUGAUUGCCAGUUGUCACGGGUGUGAGUAAGUGUAACUUCUUGUACAAAGACAGACAUCUCAUUGUAGAUGGUGAUGUCCACCAUUUUUAAUAACUCCUCAAUCAAAUGUUUGACUGAAUGAAAUCUGUCUUUCUUAAAUAUUGGCCUUGAGCUACAAAUGUCUGCCAUGUGAACAUGUGAGCUUUAGUUUGUCCGAUUAGAGGGCUGAUGACUUUAGAUCAAUGUGAUGUUUUAAUUGUAAAUGAGUAAUGAAUUUAGUAAUGUUCUCUCACCAAACAUAUUUAUAAUUUCUAAUGAAAAUGUGUCAUUUGAUGUGGUAAUAGUGCCUUGUGCUUUUGGUGUACAGAGGGAUGAGCAGACAUUUGUAAUCACAUUGUUUUGAUCAUAUCUAAUAAGUGAGCAAGAGUUGCAUUCUGGUGGUAAGUGUAUAUUUUUUUAAUUACCUCCUCAGCAUGUCUUUUGUAAAAAUUUGAUUACCCUUUUUUAAAUGUUUUUAAUUGCUACAAUGAUUCUUAAUUUUUACUUUUUUCCCCGCAAAAUUACACUUUGUAAAAUUAUUUUAACUUUUAAUUAAGUUGAAUAUUUUUUAUAUUUAAGGGCAUAUCAUGCUUAAAGAAAAUCUCAUCUUUUCUUGACAUAGUUUUACAUAAAUUAAUUCUGUAUAGUUUUAUUAUUAACAUAAUGUAAUGUUUUUGUGCAGAGGUUUUUUUUUUCGUUUUUUUUUUUUCGACAUGGCUUUCAACACUUUCUGAAAUAAGUGAGAGAAUCAUUGGGGGUCAUUUAUUUCAUAUAUUUAAAUUACUAUGUUUUAGAGAAAUUUAGUGAAUAAUUACAAACAUCACAUGUUUAGACUAUGGAGGAAUUUGCACUUUAAAGUUAAUUAACAGAUAUUUUAACGUUUAACUAGCUGACUUUGGUGGAGUCCAGACACUCCUUUAAUACAUUUUUAUGUAACUGAGAACUCUCCAAACCAUGCACUGCCAAAUGGAACUGUUGUGUAAUUGCUCAUGUUUCUUUUUGGUAGCCUUUUUCCAGGACGCUAACAAACUGCUCCUAAACGAACAGGCUAACUGGGUGCAUCUAAAGGAGUUUGCCCGUAAAAAUGCGGCCAAUGCUCUUUCUGUUGCCAACAUGGUCAUGGGCAUGGCCUCAAUCCUCUGCAGUCUCAAUGGCCAUCAUCAUGCUGCGUGCUGGCUGGUUCUGAUCGGUUACCUGCUGGAUUUGGCAGAUGGAGCGGUUGCUAGGCGACUAAAUGCGUGUUCUGCACUGGGUGCAAAGUUGGAUGAUUUUGCUGAUUUUACAACAUUUGGAAUAGCAACAUCUCUUAUAUUAAGGACACCCAGUCUUUUGGAUAACAUCAUGUGCAUGUUGUAUGUGCUGUCUGUUUUUACUCGUCUCUGCUUCUUCUCUAGUGGAGUCCCAUUCAUGUAUCGUGGCCUACCAUGCAUCUACUCCUCUGCCAUCCUGGUGUGUGUUUCUCUGCUUACUGGAGGAAAUAUGACAGUACUGAGAAUCCUAGCAUUGGCCAUGAUUCUCUUCAUGGUCAGUCAGAACUUCUACCCUCAUGACAGAGUACUGGAGUCUCAGGCCUGGAAGAAGGGGGUCUACAUUGGAGGAGUUGUCAUGGUGUUUUGCUCCUCCUUCCCUCCAGCAUGUGUUUACUACUUGUUAUGGUCAGUUUCCUACAUACUGUUUCCAACAACCCUAUGGAGCAGCAAAGUGUAAAGGGGUGAAGGCCUAUGAGGCUCACAGGUCACAGAAUCCCCUUCUUCUUCCUGCAAAGGACCAUCAAAUUACUGCAGCAUUGCAAAAAACAAAAAAAAAAAACAAAAAAAAAACAAUUUAGAAACUUGUAAAACUAUUUUUAAAUAAUUUUUGUUUUGAGGUGAUUAACUUCAUGAAAUCAACAUGAUCUAAGGAAGCAUACGGACAUCUUGAUUGCUGCUUUUGUUUCAUCGCUAAGGAUGAGAAAUGUUCUUUACCUCUGCUUCACACAUAUUGUCAUGUUUGAAUGGCAUGUUGACAGAGAAAUUGUAGGUGGUCUCGGAUACAGUUAGUGUGGUGUUUGUUGCACAGUUCUGCCUAAAUGAAUCAAAUCUGAAAAGGCAAGAAGCAGAGAUGAGAUAGUCAAAUUUGCUGUGGAAUUUACACUUGUAGAAUUACUGCUUUUUGGUUGUUUAAGUAACUGAAAGAUCCGAAUCAACUCCCAUUAAUUAUCAGAAUUUCAGCUUAAUUAUUAAGAAAAAUGCACAUAAGGGAAUUUUAUGCAAAUGAUCGGUGUAAUUUCAUGUAAAAACACUACAGUAUGAUUGAAGUAGUGGCUAUCAUCAUAUACUGUAGUUUAUCUAUUGCGUGGUUAAUAUGUGACUUAAAUUACUUUGUGUCCCAUAUGAUUUUAUGUGGGCCUUCAAAACAAAUGCCUCGUUACAACAUGAAAAAAAAAUGGGUUGAUUUAGUUGUAAUAAAUGAGUUUAUCUGUACCAUUUAACCUCUGUUUUAAGGGGUUCUGUUUCCUGACUCGGUUAUCAGUAAUUGCUUGUGUUUAGCGAGUGAUUUUCCAUUGAAUUUGCUAUGUACUGUUCAUGAGUUCAGUGGGAAGUUGAUACCCUGCAACAUAACAGUAUUGAGGCAUUAUUUUGUGUUUUGUGCACCACUUGUGGUUACUUUUUAUUAAAAUUUAGUGGUGUCGAGAAAAAAA